GAACCUGACUUAGAAGCUCUGGCAAGGCAAGCAGAGGAAAGGAAACAAAGAGCAGAGAAGAGACAUAGGAAAGCCCUGAAAGAGCAGAAGUACCAAAAAGAAAAAUUACUUCGUGAGCAAUCCCGACGAACAAAUGCACGAAAACAUGCUCUGGAAGUGGAAAGACAAAGAGCAGCCAAAGUUGCAAGCCUGCCACCUCCUCCGCCGCAUCCUCUUGAGAAUUUUGAAGUGAAAAAAACUCCUGCAGUGAAGCCCUAUAGUGCUGACAACUUUUCUGUUACACGUUAUCAUAUUUCCGAGCUUUACGUGGACAGAGAAGUGGAUGAAGAGCAGCCAGAUGUUCGGUUAGCUGCUGAAAAAGAAGGGAGGCGUUUGGAGGAACUACACAUACAGGCAGAGAGGGAACGAAAAGAGCAGCUUGAAAAGGCACAUCUCAGAGGAAGUCAUGCCUUGAAGAAGGUCCAUUUGGCUCAGGAUAGAGAAAGGCUACUGAAAGAACUUGAGCAAAUGCAGAAUAUGGAUCGGAUGCGCAGAAGACAGAUGGUAGCACAGCUGCCACCUCAAAUUUUUGUGCCUGCAUACAAACGCAUGGAAAUAAAGGAAGAAUGGCAGAGAGAACUGGAGUUUGCAUUUGAAGAUAUGUACAGUGAAGACAGGAAAAUGAAAGGAGACCUGAUUUUGCAGUUUGAGCCACAACCUUUGCCAGCCCCUUCUGAUAGAUCUCAAGAUAAUGAUCUUGAUAUCUCUUUGGAGCAAGAAUCUGCUUGUGACACUCAACCAGAAUCUGCUUGUGAUACUCAACAAGAAUCAGGACAGAUGGUGGAAGAGGAGGUCCUCAAUGAACCAGAAAGUCAUGAAGAAGCAAAAACUCACCAACCUCAGUCAAGACUUGCCUUAAAGAAAUUGCUGAACAAGAUUAGAAGCCAGAAAGAGGAAUGGACAUCAAAAAGUGAGAGAGAGAUUCAAAGUGAAGUUGAGACUAUCGAAUCAGGCACAAUUGCUAGUGAAGAGAGACCAUUAUGUGAUUUAGAACCUAACUUUGAGCAACAGAAAAAUACAGUGUGUGAAGCUAAAGACUCUGUGGAAAUGUUGGAAAAUACAGUUGCAGCUGAAAAUUCGGUUCUAAUCCAUCCUCAAGAACAAGCAGCUAAAAUUAGAAUGGAAGAGGAGAGACAAAAGUGGAAUGAGCAAAUAGAGCAACAGAAACAGGAACAGCUGGCCUUGCUUAAACAAAUUGAAGAAGAGAGAGCAUGUUUGGAGGCUGAUUUUCUGAAGAUCCAAAUGCAAACUCGUUGGGAGGAAGCUAAGAAAAAAAAUGAGGAGGAAGAGCAAAGUCAUCUGCUGCAAAGCCACAGUGUGCCUUCUACAGAUCAGCAGAAGAAAGUGGAACAUGAGACUGGAAAUACUACUGUAUCAGAAACCAGGAGUCCCAGAGAAGGCAGCCAUUUAGAGAUGAUUCGUAAUUAUCAACAACGCCUUCUACAGCAAAACAGGCUGCACAAACAGACUGUUGAAGAAGCUAGAAAGCGUCUACAGGAGUAUCAGAAUAAAUUGAAGCAAAGACACUUGUCUGCUUCUGCAAAACCUCCAAGCUCUGUGGAAACAAAAUCAAUUAAUUUAAAGCCUGUCUCAGAACCGCAUCUACAGAGGCAAGUAGCGCAACCAGCACAGUACCAGUCAUCUGACCAAGUUCAUGCACAAGAGUAUGCGCCGUCGCUACCUGUGUUUUCAGGAACAUUGCGUAUGUUGGAAAAAACACCUUCACAGAAACGUGAAGAGCAAACGCAUAAUGUUUGUCCUGGCAGACAUGGGCAGGUUUUAGAAACAUCAAAAUUGAAGAAUGGAGAGUUUUGCUUGCCGUCUGGCUGUGCUUCACAGGAACAAGGGGGAACAUUGGCAACCUCCAAUAGUCACGUCAGAGAACCAUCUAAGUUCCAGUUACCAUCAGGAUUAGUCAGGAAAGGUGUCGCUGCAGUAGGAACUCAACUGGAAGCACGUGUACAACACGUUAGAUUUCUUUUGCCUACAGAAGAUUCCUCUGAGCCUUCAGAAACAGUGCACUUCAAAGAGUCAUCUCAGAAGAUGUCUAGCCAUCAAACAGAGACCGAAGCUGGAGAAGAGCCCCCGCUUAAGACACCCUUCAUGCCAGCAACAAAGGGAUCUCAUACAGUUCAGGAAGCCUCAGUUGGUUCUGUGGCACACCAGCACGGAUCUGCAGAGAACACCAUCAAAACAAGCCUUGAACAACCCCUCAAUCUUUCUGAACCCAUAACUUUAUCUCAUGAAGAAUCUAAAGCCCAGAGUGGUGAGGAAUUCUUGAUGUCAAAAGCAAGAGAUGCAUCUUCGUUAAAUUAUUCUGGUAUACUGAAUUUAAGGGACAGAGUGUUGGCCUCAUCAGAAAGCAUCCAAGCUCAGCAAAACUAUUUGAAAGAAUUGCAAGAGCAGAUAGAUGCACAAAGAGAAGCUCUUCUUUCUAGACAGAAGAUACAAGAACAACUACUUUUACAGAGGCAAGAUAAAUUGAAGGAACAGAUGCAGAGACAGCAAGAGGCUUUGAAAGAAUUUCUGAGCAGGCAGGUGAGACAUACCUGCAGAAAGGAAGAAAUGACAGAGGCACAAAAGCAUGACUGGAUUCAUAGGACUGACUUUUUCCAAGUCUCAGAAAACUGCCAGCAAGAGACUUGUGGCAGGAGUAAAUUUCACAGAAGUGAAAUGAUUUCACAGUGCCUUGGUGCAGCUGAGCAAACUGAAGUGUCUGAGAAAGUUCUAUGUAGAGAACAGAAACUGAGAUCUUCCAAACCACCUGUGACAAAAGUCAAGUUAGGGCUCAAUUUGGAACAACAUGAACUUAGUGUUAUACCAGAGGUAGACACACCGAAGAGCUGCAACAUUUCUUUUGCAGAUAAAACUGAUUCUGCUGGUGGGGAAUUUUCUCCCAUUUCAACCACUGGGGAGUUGGCGUACAGGAAACGUUACAGUCAUGCUCUUCAUGAAGAAGGCAAGUCACCUUUGAGCAUAACAAACUGCGAGGAACAAACCUUUAAUGGAAGUCCAAGGCAAAGUAAACAGUCAAGUAGAUUAUUACAAGAGGUGCUGAUGAUGACUGCUGAAAAUUCAUAUGAUUCAGCCCAGUCCCAGGAUUCUCAAGUGGCUCAAGAUUCAUCAGUUCUUGCUGCUGAAAUUGGAGAGGGAGUUGCAACACAUUCUGGGCCGUCAUUCAAACUUGAUAAUGUGGAAGUAUUUUCUGAAGUAGUAUCCACAAGCUUAGGUUCAGAGGCUUCCAUGCAAGGAAUACCCUGUGACUUUUCUUCAACAAUUUCCACUGGAAGCUUUUUGACUAGUGAAAUGUUGGAUAUAGGUUCUGUUGACACUGGAUUGUCUUCUGAUAGUACAGAAGAUCUAAUUUUGAGAGAAACAGCAAGUCAUCCUUGGAUCUCCUCGCGGCCUUUUACCUUGCAGCCGAAGCAGGAAAAUUUGUCUGGAGCAUCUGAAACUCAGUUGCCUGAAGGAAAGAUGUACGUUUAUAAAGGAAGUCAGAUCCAGCAGAUCAUGGGGAAAUGUACUGGAGACUUGAACUCUGACUCAGAGGACAAUACAUGUUUCCAAGUUCUAGCAGCUGAACUUGAUUUUCCUGAAACAGAGGGACAUUUUCCAAACUUCCAUCACCAGCUCUUUCAGCCUUUGGAACCAAGGCUUGACUCUGAUACUUCAUCAUCCUGUUCUCAAUACAGAAUUUCACAAGACAGUAAAGAACUUAGCAAGUCUUCAAAUUUUUCAACAAAAAGUCAAGACACUUCUACAUUUCUAGAAGUGGGAAAAUCCAGUUUGAAUAUACAAAAAACCAGUCUGCCUUCUAGUCUUGAAACAAACAGACCAAGCAACGUUACAUCAGAAGAGGAGUCAGUUAAAGCAAAUGUUACUUUAG